AUGUGCGUUUGGCUUCUACAUACGUCGGGGUACUACCCUUUAAAAGUGCUCUCCAAGAUAAACAACCAUCAAAGGCAACAAGAUAUGAUCGGUCUGCAAAAAAUGUGGAAGGUCCUUCGACAAAACGAAAAAUAUCCAUUCCACGUGACUCCUGUUCAAGGUCUUGAGGGUGGUGACUUUGACAGACGAGUUCACUUUUGUCGGUUUUUGUUACACACAGAUGUGGAAAAUCCUGAUUUUUUAAAAAGAAUACUGUGGACGGACGAAUCUAAAUUUACCAGAGAAGGGAUUCUUAACUUACACAACUUGCACCACUGGGCACCGAAACAGGAAAACCCAUAUGCCAAAAGACAAAACUCUUUUCAAUAUCGAUUCAGUGUGAACGUUUGGGCAGGAGUGAUUGGGAAUCAGGUAAUUGGACCACAUUACCUACCCGAUAACCUCAAUGGCGAUAAUUAUUUAGAGUUCCUGCAAAAUGAUCUGCCGGAAUUAUUGGCCGAGGUGCCCGUGUUUAAUGAAGAUGUGCCCAUAGUAUUUCAAAACGAUGGCUGUCCCGCGCAUUGGCGUUUAACUGUGAGGGAAUACCUUGACAAUGUGUUCCCCAAUUCGUGGAUUGGGCGCGAUGGGCCUAUUGCAUGGCCGCCACGUUCCCCAGACUUAACUACAUUAGAUUUUUAUGUCUGGGAACGUGCCAAAGAGCUGGUAUACGCCACAGAAGUUCCAACGAGGGAGGUACUGAUACAACGCAUAGAAGCAGCCUUUAAUACAAUCAAAAACGAAAUACGACUUCGAACUACAACUGUAGAAAUACGACAAAGAUGUCGGGCCUGA